UCAGUCGUUGUAUUGAGUUGAAAAUUGAUACAUUCAAUCAUAAGCUCGUCUCGGUUAUAUUCCGCUAACUACUUUUGAAAAUAAUAGAAAGAAAAGAAAAGUUGAAAUUGUUUUUAUUUUGCAUCAUUACUCAUAAAAGUUGAUUCACUUCCCUUUUCACUACACAACUUUAUAGAUUUUAAAACGUCAGCUUUAACACUGCGUGUUUUGUGGUUUAUCACAUUCUCAUCUUAAAUUAAAGUGAUGAUGUGUAAUUGAAUCAAAAACAUAAAGACGUAUACAUAUUUUUUUGUGUGUGGCAUUAAUAGACAUUCAAGUAAAUAAGAAAAAAAAACUUAAAUGAUAACUUGAAACGAAUAUCUAAAAAAAAAUAGAAAAAUAAAAUAAGUAUUGUGAAACGUUAAACAAACUCAACUUGCAAAUGUUCUGUCAAAAACAAAAACAAAUUAUAACAAGAAAUAAAAAGUAAAUAAAGAAUUCAAAAGAUCAUUCGUUUCGGAGAAAAAAGAUUAAAGGUCUGAAUGUUUUGAGUGGAAAGAGAGAAAAAAAAAAUUAGUCAAAACAAAGGAGUUGAAGAAACGUGCUUGGUCUCUGAUUCGGUCGUAAACUUAUAAACUCUUCUAGUUGCGACAUUAUUUCGCUUAAACUUAAUUAUAUGAGAAAGACUUUAAAUAAAGCUUUCAUGUUAUGGCUGACAUGCACGUUAUGAAAAUAGAGAUGGCUCGUGGCUCAAUAGGACGUGAUCGAAUACUUUCUGGUGUCGUCGGUUUAUCAACGCAUCAACAACCACCAACCAGCGCUCAUCAGGAAGAUCUUAACAAUGAAUUACUUGCCCUUCGACGAGAGCAAGAACUUCAACAAGAAAAACUUUGGCGUGACUUUCAAGAACAAAAAGCAGAGCUGGAGCUUCAACAUAGAAUGCAAAUAGAAAGCAAACUUCAGUUUGCGGCAAAUGGCGUAUUCCAGGAAUUGCAAUUGCAACGCAUUGCUGCGGAACAGAAAAGUUUGGAAGAGCAACAAAGACGUGAACGAGAGGCAGCAGCAGCGGCUGCUCUUCGAAGGAACAACGAUCGUCAUGAAUGCAAUGCAAAUGCUAGUCCCGAUGUAAAACAAACGUUAAAGUCAUUUUUGAUUCAAAAGAAAAUUGAGAAAGAGAAAGGUCAAAACUCGACAUGGAAUAGAAAUUUAGGCGUAGUUAAAAGCUCAUCUGGAGAAUCUUUGCCAGCUGGUGCCAGUGCUGCAAGUUCCCAUCCGUACAAAAUUCCCCAACCACCGUCCGCAAUCGUCAAAUACGAUUCCGAUUUUCCACUUCGGAAAACAGCAUCGGAGCCGAACCUGCUGAAGAUUCGAUUGAAGCAAAGUGUGAUAGAUCGAAAAGCUCGAGCAGGACCAUUAGCAGCACGACGUCAAGAGCGCUUAAUGUUAGUUCAUCAACGUCGUUUGCAGAAACAAGUAGCAUUAGCGCAAGCGUCAAAUUGCAGUAGCAACACGCCAGAUUCCGGACCAAACUCACCACCCACAUUAGGAAGUCGAGGUUCACCAACAAGUGCGCCAAUUCAAGAAGAGAACGAAGAUCCACAAUAUAAUGGAGUGAAUCGUUCUAACAUCAAUGACUUGCAGCUUUUCAGUUCGCCAUCGAUGCCCAACAUAUCGCUUGGUCGACCACAUCUUUCAAAUGUUGCUGCAGCAGCAGCGAAUCAUUUCGUUUUAAUGCAACAACUUCGUGCACCUUCACAGUCGAUGCUUGCUCAUCAAUCAUCAAUUCCACCGCCAUAUUUAAUACCUCAACUUGAGCUGACAGAAGUUCAAGCACAAGCGGCAACUGCUCAUUUAAAUCACAUGCAAGCUGUUGCACAAUCAGUUGCUGCUGCUUACAACCAUCAAAUCAACGAAGCGCAAGCAGCGGCAGCGCAAACACGACUUCAAAAGCCUGGACAUCGUCCCUUGGGCCGAACGCAAUCAGCCCCAUUGCCUUUGGGUCAUCCGAUGUUGACAGGUACAGCGAUCAACAUUGGACAAACACAUUAUGAGAAUUCAGAAGCUGAACGUCAAGCAUACGAACAACAGUUAAUGUUGAAACAGAAAAUACGACAAACGGCAUUGUCGAGAUCGAAUACAAGAGAACAGUUGAAGGAAGAAGAGCCAGGUGAAGUAAUUGAUUUGACUGAUAAGAAACAACCACCACGAACAGUUAUAACAAAUAGUGUUAUCACAAGCACAUCUCAGUCGAUUCCACAUACAGCCGAUGAAAGAGUUCGCAGUGAAUAUUUACAAAAGCAACGGGAAAUUCUCUUGCGUCAAACGAUGCAACUGCCAUCUGGAGGAUCAAUUGAAGAUCCUUACACGAGAACCCCUCUACUCCGUCCAUUAUCGAGGACACUUUCAAGUCCAUUGGUACAUGUUGGUCAUCCAGGACUCACUACUGGAAUUGUUACAAGCGGCUCAGCAACUUCACUUCAUUCUGAUACCGGACAACAACAAAUAAUACUCAACAAUAGUGAUUCGCUUCCACCUCCCGUGAAUCUCUCCAUGAAUCAUCAUCGAAUUUACGAAAAUGGCUCACCAUUAAAUGGUAUUAAAACAGGCUUAGCAUUCGAUAGUAUGAUGCUUAAACAUGCAUGUGUGUGUGGUGAUAAUUCAUCACAUCCUGAACAUAGUGGAAGACUUCAAAGCAUUUGGGCUCGUCUUGUUGAGACAAAUCUUGCAAGUCGUUGUGAUCGUCUUCGAUCAAGAAAAGCAACACAAGAAGAACUGCAAGUUGUUCAUACUGAAGCUCAUGCAAUGUUAUUUGGAACGAAUCAAAUAAAUCGACAAAAAAUUGAAGCAUCGCGUGCAAGUUUUGUUCGUUUAGCAUGUGGUGGUGUUGGUGUUGAUUUAGAUACGACAUGGAAUGAAAAUCAUACGGCAAGUGCUGCACGAAUGGCAGCUGGAUGUGUUAUUGAUUUGGCAUUUAAGACAGCAAAAGGUGAUAACAAGAAUGGAUUUGCUGUUGUCAGACCACCAGGACAUCACGCUGAAUCUGGCCUUGCGAUGGGUUUCUGCUUCUUUAAUUCAAUCGCUGUUGCUGCACGCUUAUUACGCUUAAAAAUGCCAGAAAUUCGUCGAGUUUUGAUUGUUGAUUGGGAUGUUCAUCAUGGAAAUGGAACACAACAAAUCUUUUAUGACGAUCCCAGCGUUCUUUACUUAUCAAUUCAUCGUCAUGAUGAUGGAAACUUCUUUCCAGGCACUGGUGGAUCAACUGAAUGUGGUACAGGCUCUGGAUUGGGUUUUAAUGUAAACAUCGCAUGGUCAGGUGGUUUGACUCCACCAUUAGGUGAUGCUGAAUAUCUGGCAGCAUUUAGAACGAUUGUGGUUCCAAUUGCACGAGAGUUCUCACCAGAUAUUGUGCUUGUGUCAGCUGGAUUUGAUGCAGCAAUGGGUCAUCCAGCACCAUUAGGUGGUUAUGUUGUAUCACCAGCAUGUUUCGGUCAUUUAACAAGAGAAUUAAUGCAAUUGGCUGAUGGAAAAGUUGUUCUUGCACUCGAAGGUGGCUAUGAUUUGCCAGCAAUCUGUGAUUCAGUACAAGAAUGCGUUCGAGCUUUACUUGGCGAUGAAUCAGCGCCAAUAUCUGAUGAAGAAUUAUCACGUCCACCAUGUCCAUCAGCGAUUGAAACGCUUCAAAAAACAAUCGCGAUUCAAAUGACACAUUGGCCUUGUGUGAAGCAACUUGCACAUACUGUUGGUUUCUCAGCUGUUCAUGCACUUAAGAGUGAACAUGAAGAGACGGAAACAGUUACAGCAAUGGCUGGACUUUCCAUGCAACCACCAAAUAGACUCUCAGAACGACUUUCACAUGAAGAAGAUUCAUCUGAGCCAAUGGACCAGGAUCUAGACGACAAAUAAAGCAACUUUGAAGUUGAAUAAUGACUAACUCGUAGGUACAAAACGUCAAUGAAACUUUUUAUUAAAAAGUUAUUUUAAAUAAAUUAAAUAAUCGAGAAAGAGAAUCUCGAUUCAAUUCAACAAAUACAGAGAUGAAGUCAAAAAUAAUUUCAAUGUAAAAAUAAAAUAAUUAACAUGAAUCAGGGAUUUCAACUUUUCUCCUUUCACUUAUUCUAAUCUUUUUUUGAUGACUAAAAGUAAUGAAAAUGUUAAAUGUUUUUAUUUUUUAAAUGAAAUGACGAUAAUAAGUAGACAAAAAUGAAGAUCAGACGACAAUUCGUUUGAAAGGAAUUUCUAAUCAGAGCAUUGUGCUUCAAACACACAAAAAUGUUUCUUUUUUUUGUGACAUGAACUUCGCUUAAGAUUCAAUAUGAGCAAAUAGAAAUGAAUGUUGUUCUGCAGAUUCUCAAAAUGUUAAAUUCUUUCAAAGUUAUUUUUAGUCGAAAUUUUUGUAGCAACCGAAAUCUUUCACAUGCAACAUUAAGAGAAGCCUAAAAACUCGGCAAUUUUGCUCAAAAAGCGUUCUUUGCAUACUUUUCAUAAUGAAUGAAUAAAAAAGAAAACAAAAAUAGUAUCUAGUUAGACGAAUUGUAUCCGAAGUCCCCAUGGAAGUGUAGAAACUUAUAUUCAAUGUUGAGCCUUACUGUUUGAUGAAAAACCAACGAAAUAAAUACGCAAAUUACAUUUUACGGACCUAAUCAUAAAUUUUUUACACGUUCAAACUUCAAUGAAGAUAGAAUGAUUCUUAAAGUGUGAUUGCCGAGGGUUAGAUUGGAAAAUUUUAAUGCUUUGAAAUUGAUUGAGAUUAAUUUUUGAAUCGAUCAACAAUUCAUUUUUAAUAUUGAUUAAUUUCAAAGCUAAUCGCAUAAAUUGUUGUCAUGAGAAACUUUUAUUUAACUUGAAAUAAUAAAAAACACCCUCGCGUCGACUGUAAGAUACUUAAAAGAAAACUUAUCGAAGUCGGUGGAUGAAAUUAAAAGAAUAUUUGAUGAAAAGAAAUAUUUAUUCGAUGUUCAUUGUUCAAGCCACCAUAAAUACAUAAAUGAGACAUUGUAGGUACAAUACAAUAUUCAAAUAUGUAAUGAAAAUUAUGCAAGAAAUCUAUAUAUUUAUUAUGGAAAUUAAUCAGAAAAUAUGAAAAUUUGUUCGUUGUAAAAUUUACAAACAAAAUGAAAUGUUAGACGAAAAAUAAAAACACAAAAGAGAAAAAUUUUAAUGAAAAAUGUUUGACGUUUGAUUGUCGAACGAAUUUUUUAAUUGAAAAUAAGAAAGAAAAAAUGUUUUCAAUAAAUCACAGACAAAAAUGAAAAAUCAAUUUGAAUCAAGGAUUAUUGUUGAAUGGGAUGUUUGAAGUUCCACUUUUAAAGCUUUUAAGCAUGAAGAUGUUAGAAAAUCUCUUGUCCAAUUUUAUACAAAGAAAUAAUUUCAAAGAAUUUUACAGUCAGAAGAAAAUAUUUAUCUAGAUAAAAAUAUUAAAAGUCUGAGAUUUAAGAACGACAGAUAUUGUUUCUUCAUUCGCUUGUUUGAUAUUCCACUAAAAGUUGUUGAAAUAUUAAACAAGCGAAUGUCAAUAAUGAGAUGAUAAAUAUUUGGCAUGUCCAAUCAAAUCUAACGAAACUUUCAAUGAUAAAUAUAAUAAGGAACAGCAAGAAGUUUAACGAAAAGAAAACAAAAAACUUUUAUUUCCUUUCUGCAAGAUGGCAAAUUCUUAAAUUCUUCGCCACAGAUACAAACAGAUUGUCGUUUUUAUUGUUUGCUAUGAAAAAAGGAAGAGAAUUAAUUAAUUUGACUAUCGACAUGGAAAUACUACAAAAUUAACUUGAAAUUAUGUGCUGGUCACUAUGAUUAAUAUUUAAGUUUUAUAUUUUAAGUAUUCACACGAAGAAGAAAGAAGAAGACGAAAAAGAGAAAAAAAAUCCUAAGUUAAGUGUUUUUUAUAUAAUUUUAUUCUGUAAUUAUUUAAUUAAUUGAUUCGCACUACGUAUACCCGGUUAUGAAUUUAUUAAGAAUUCUUCGAGCGUUUAUUAAUUAAUUUCUUUUAUGUUACUUAACUAAUAUUUGUUUAAACUUUAAAGUUUAAAAAAGAAAAUAGCUAAGUUGUUAUAAGACAGAUAAAUUAUAAUGAAAAGUUGAUCUUUUUGGUGCAAACAUGUCGUCGUUAGAAAUCGUUUCACUUUCAAGUCACAUUUAUAAAUUGUGACGAUUGAAAGUAUUUUCGAUGCCAUGGAUUUAUUGAUGGUUUAUUUCGUGUCUUAUUGGUGACAAAUUGUUAAAUGUUGAAUUUAUUAUCUAACUGUUUUUAAUGGAGAUAAAAUAGAAUAAACACGUCUCUCUCUCUCUCACUCACAGAAUAAUUUUAAUUCUUCUUGUUUUUCAUUCUUUUCUUUAAGAAAGAAUAUCUUUAAAGUUUAAACACAGUCAGUCACACACUCAUAUAAACCUGAGCACACCAGAAAGAUAAGAAUUAAUUUACAUUUAUUGAGCUUGAUCUGUCGCUAUCAAAAAAUUGAAUUUAAUGUCCCGGAGACAGAAACCAAAAAAAGAUAAAAAAUAAAAAUCUUAAUGAAGUAGAAGAAGAAAAAUUUUGAAGAUUAAUCCUGACAUCAAGUUGGGCAUUCAGAGAGUUUAUAACGCAUUUAAAACAGAAAUUAUUUUAUUUUUAUUGCUCAAAAGAAUCUCCUGAUAAACAAGCGUGUGUGGGUGAGAUUGACGUGGCUCAUGUUAAGAUUCUAAUAGAAUUAAAAUGAAUCACGAAAAUCCAUCCACGUCUUUAAUGAAAUCCUUUGAUGCGAUUCGUUUCUAGUUUUAUUUUUCUCUAAAUAAUAUUUUUUAUAAAAUAAAAUCCAAAUGCAUCGAUUAUACUUCUAAAAAAUAAUAAAAAUAAGUAAAAAUCUACUCCUAAAUAUUUCCGACAUUUAAAUAAUCGAAUCGCACCAAAGACCUGAUAUUUAAACAAAUCCCAAACUUUAUUUUCCCUUUUUGUUUUGUUCUUUCAAAGUGAAGAAAUGAAAACUAAUGAGAAAGAAAAAUAUUUUAAUAAUACAACUAAUCUAUGAUUAAUGAUUAAUGAAUAAAGAAGCGAAGCAGAAAAUUGAUAAAAACAUUCCUGUAACGACUAAUAAGAAUAAUUAAAAAGAUAAAUAAAGAAAUAUCUAAAACAUAUUUUUUUUUCGUUCUGAUUAAUAAGAAUAUUAAUAUUGAAAUUUUUGAUGGAAAAUUGUACCAACGAUGCACAACACGAGAUUGUGCAAUGAAUUUUGAUGAUAACUUCCUGUUUUUAACAAAUAAACACUAUCGAGAAAGUUCUUCUCAUUCUUAUUUUUCUUUCUUAAAAACUAUGACGAAAUCAGACGACAAAUUGUCAUACUCGAGAAGAAACUCUUAAAAAUUUAUAAAACAAUUACAUCUGAUUUAACAUACGAAUGAAGAUGAAGUAAAAAUCUUUUGAUUGUAGCUUUGUUUGUGACACAAAUGGAAGAUAAAAAUAUUUUUAAACAAGAAUUUGAAUGAUCAUAAUAAAAACUAUAUAAAAAAUUUCAAAUUUCUUUGAUUUUCCUUUUCAGAUCUGAAGUUUUCCUAGAAGAAUUAUUCAUCAAAACAUUUCUUUUUUCUAUUAUUAUUUAUUUAAUUCACAAAUUCCAUAAAUUUACAAUCUAAAUCAUUAAAAGUUUCUAGUUGUUGGAUGUUCUAUGUGGUAAUCUUUUCUCUCAAUAAGUUUCUCACCAAUCAGUUUAAAUGUGUGUUCACCUGAAUAAUAAUCACCACCGUCGAUAUUUCUUGCAAUGUUCAAAACUUUCUCUGAAGAUUCGAUGCAGAAAUAGUUUGCAAGAUGAAUCUCUUGAUCAGCAUUUCUUAAACCAAUGCAGUAAGAUCUUGAAGCGCGUGCAAUUGAAGCAAACAUUGCGUAGCAGAGUGUUGCAGCUUCACCGAUUUUGUUAACUUCCACUGUAUGCUCAACGAUGAGACUACCAUGACGACCUAAAAGAAUGUCGACAGCAUCACCAAGACGACUUAUUGAAGCUUCUACAGCUACUCCAGCAGUAACAAGCGAGGGAUGAACAAAAUGUUCAAAUUUGUAUUUCAAUUUUGGAUGUUCAAUUGAAGAUUCGCCAAGAUAUCGAGAGAACAUAAAUCCAGGAUUAGCGAAUGGAUUUCUUUGCUUUUUCACGUCUUCAUUCAAGUAAACGCCAGCAUAUUGUAAACCUGACAUUGCCAAAAAAUGUCGAAUUCCAUCCAAUGUUUCAGCACUUGCAGCAAUUUGACUUGCAUCACGUAACAAUUUUUCAAAUUCAAAUGUUUUAAUGACAGCUUCUGGUCCAACAACAUGCAAAGGACGAACUAUGAAGUCAGUCAUGGUCUCAAUUGCGUAUGCUUGAACCAUCGCUGAUUCAACGUCAACAUUUUGAUCUUCAUAAAUGUCCAUCAAACCAGUCGUCAUGUAAAUCAUACUUUCAAGUGCAUAACAUCGACUUGCAAGCAUUCCAAUUUGUUCCUUCACUGUGUGAAUAUCUUUCAUUUGAAUCUUGUUAAUGUGAGUUUUGAUGCUAUGCUGUGAAAGAUGUUUAAUCAUCGGCUUCAUAACACCAGCCAUUGCUUGAACUCCUUUAUCAAGACGUAAGUAACUCAUUAAUGUAGGAAUUAUUCGUUGAUCUUGAACAUCUUUUUCAACAAGGAAAGCAGCUUAAAGAAUUUCCACAUCUUGAAAUGUUACUGUGACUUGACUUAAAGUUUUCUCAUCAAAUCCAAGAGUUUCAUCAGGUCUAGAAAUUGUAAUUCCAGGUGUAUUACCUUCAAUGACACAUACCCGAAUUG